AUGUUCAAGGUCCAUCAUCUCGAUGUCGAGCCAAUUUGUGUUCCAAUUGAAGGCACUGAAGAAGAAGGACUCAGCAAGAUUUACAUUAACAAUCAUAUCAUCCAUGAAAACGGUGGCGAAUUCAUUGCCACAUUUAGAUCGGCUCCAGAUGCCAGAACAAUGUACCAAAUUAUCAAAACAUCAACAGUAAAACAUGCCGACUUACCAUCCGUUGGUGAACGCGAGCAAUUAGACGGCGACAAAGCCACAGAUUACAAAUACAUUACCUACUCUCAAUUCCUUGCUCAAAUUGAAGCUUUCGGAAGAGGUCUCUUAAAACUCGGCCUCAAACCAGGCGACAAGGUUGGUAUUUAUUCAUCCAAUUGCAUAUAUUGGACCACAACUCUCUUUGCCUGUUCCUACACAGGAAUGACUGUUGUUCCAAUCUAUGACUCUCUCGGUCCAGGUGCUGCAGAGUAUAUCCUUAACCACGCAGAGGUCAAGGCCUUAGUUUGCAGCGAAUAUAAGUCAAAAACAGCCGUCGAACUAUUAUCGAAGGCCGAGCAUCUUAAAUGCCUCAUCACCAUGGCCAAGACUGUUCCAGCAGGUGAAACUGAAAAGGUUAAAUUCCACACAUGCCAAGAUGUGAUCAAUCUUGGAAAGGAAUCAAAGAUCCAGACAACACCAUCCACACCAGAUGGCGUUGCUGUUAUCAUGUAUACAUCUGGUUCAACAGGUACUCCAAAGGGUUGUGUCCUUCUUGAAUCAAACGUUUGUUCUGGCGCCGGUGGCUUUGCAAUGCUUGGCGUUUCAGCAACAACAACAGAUACAUAUCUCUCCUUCCUACCAUUGGCCCACAUCUACGCCCUUGUUUGCGAAUUAAUUGUUUUGAAUCAAGGAAGUAAGAUCGGAUACGCCAGAGGUCCAAUCAAAUAUAUCAUGGACGACAUCCAAACACUCAGACCAACAAUGAUGACGGCCGUUCCAAGAAUUUUGAACAGAGUUUACGACGCAAUGCAGGCAAAGAUCAACGAGAAGCCGAAAUUCGUCCAGAAACUCCUCAGAGCUGCCAUAAGCCUCAAGGCCCAUUGCCUUGCAAAGGACGCUAGACCAAGUUUGAUCUUGGACAACUUCCUCCUCAAUAAUUUCAGAAACGCUUUAGGUGGUCGUAUCAGAUUGAUCGUUAACGGUGGUGCCCCCAUCAUGAAAAACGUUUUUGAAUUCAUUUGUUCCGCUAUUACUCCAAAUAUUAUUCAAGGUUACGGUUUGACAGAAACAUCUGCAGGUGUAGCUGUCCAGGAAGCACCAGCUACAGAUCCAACAACCGUUGGCCAGUGCGGACUUUCCUGCCAAGUCAGAUUUAGAAAGGUCGAAGGAACAGAUUACGAUGCCAAGGGCGAAUUCCCAACUGGCGAGCUUCUCGUCAAGGGACCAAUCGUUUUCCAGGGCUACUACAAGCAGCCAGAGCUGACAAAGGAAGUUCUUCAAGAUGGCUGGUUCGCAACAGGGGAUGUUUGCACAUUAACUCACGAAAAGCAAAUCAAGAUCAUCGACAGAGCCAAACAACUCGUCAAACUUUGCCAAGGAGAAUACAUCUCUUUGACAAACCUCUCAGAACAAUACGGCCGAGCUACAAAGAUCACAUUUAUCUUCGUUUACGCGAACUCACAGUACGACCGCCCUGUUGCAUUGGUCAUUCCAAAGCGUGAAAUCAUUGAAAAGUAUAUUUCUAAGGGCGUCAAAGAAGCCGAUAUCCCUAAGAACGCCGAAAUCCAGGCAGAACUUAUAGAAAACCUGUCUGAGCAAUACAAGGCAAACGGAAUGCGCGGUUUUGAAAAGAUUGACAGGAUCUUGAUCGAUACAGUCGAACCAUCAGUUGAUAAUGGCUUACUUACACCAUCUUUGAAGCCACAGUUCAACAGCAUCAAGAAGAAAUACGAAGCUCAGCUUCUUGAACUUUGUCAUUAA